AUACAGCUUACUAUCCCCCUCCCAAGACGCACCUGACUCUACCUUUGUCUCUCUUCCAUCGCCUGCAGGGUGUUUUACUGAUUGUUUGUGAGCAGCAGAAUGUACUCAGACUUGUAUCCUGCUCACACUCACCCGUCCAACUUGCCUGACUGACAACACCCAAGAACAGACUCACCACUCUGACGAGAGAAGACUGAGGACAGUUUCCAAUAAGGAGAUCUCUAACUGAGCUCAGGUAGAGGAUGCUGCCUGUGUUGGUUCCUCUCGUCUUCACCCUCCUCCUGACUGAAACGUCUGCCUCUCUACCAUCUUCAGCAGGGAGGGAGCAGGCCUCUCCAUGCCCACCUCGGUGGCUCCUCUUCGGGCAGAGAUGUUUCGCUUUCUACCCUGUGUGGAGCUCCUGGAGCGCUGCUGAUGUUAUGUGCUCCCAGUCAGGUGGUAAUCUGGCGUCGCUUCACACAUCAGAGGAGAGGCAGUUUGUCAGUCGACUAGUAAAAACACACUCCUCUGGGUGGCUGGGUGGCUACCAGGCACAACAGAAUCUCUCUUGGUUUUGGAGCGAUUACUCCCCCUUCAGGAUGACUGGUUGGACCAAUCAGAGGCAGGAGAACGCCAGAGGGGGCGGGGCUUGCAUGCAUAUGGAGCCAAAAAGUGGAGAGCUGCACAGCGCCCCCUGUGGAGAGCUCAAGUUCUACAUCUGCUCCACCAGAGCCAGCUCUACAGUCGUCCCCAAGGACAACAAACCAGUUGAACCAGGCAUCAUCCCCAGUGUGAGUGUGUUUGAUGUUGUGUGGGGCUACAGCGACGUGCUGGCGGAGGAGAUCCUUCACUCGUCCUCCUUCCUCAAGGAGCUACAGUCCGGACAGCUGACGCAGCGCUGCUACGACAGCUUCACACAGCAGGAGGCGCUCUAUCUGCACAGAGUCAGCGGCACACUGGAGGCCCUGAUAAGUAGUUUACAGGAAGCAGAUGACAUGAGAUCACUGCUGCUGGACACACUUAAACACUACAGCGGCAGAAACCAGAGCCUCCUCGCUUCGCCUCCCCCACCGUGGCUCCGCCUCUCCCUCCAGUCCUUCCACUCAGUGGUUCUGGAAGAGCCGGUCUAUUGGCUGGUGGCUCUGUCGGCCCGCGCCUGCCUCCGUGACUUCCUGGCCGGGGAGCAGCUCUUCUCCGAGCUCAAGCCCGGCUCCCUGCUGGUGUCUGAGUCCAAGGUUAAAGCCGGCGGCCUCUACCAGGAGUGGAGGGAAGAGAGUCUGAAGGAGGUCGCUUGGACACAAAGGUACAGAAAGCUGAUAGAGGAACACCAGGAUCAGCUGGACGUGUUUAAAGCCGUAAACAUCUUCAGAGAGCAGAUGAUGAACCAGAAGAGUUUCUACAAGGCUGUAGCCUGUGAUGUAGAGGAUGAUAAAUGAUGAAGAGUAAGAAACAGACGUCCUCUCCACCAGGAUCAGAGAAAUAAUCCUCUACCUCCUCUUUGCUUGUAUUCCCAAUAGCUCGUGUCAAGAAUAGUGAUUUUAAAUUCAACUUGUUGAUGAAUGUAAGUGAAACCGUGCUUUACUGCAGGUUAACUCUGUAGCUGACUCCGGGUGUGACAGAAGUUGUUGGAUUGUUCCUUUUAAGCUGACUAGGCUUAUUUUAAAGGACCAGUGUGGAGGAUUUAGUGGCAGCUAGCGGUGAAGAUCGCUCGCCAUCCAAACGUGUAGCAGAAACUACGGUAGCCUGUGAAACUCGUAAAAAGAAAACUCAAAAAAGGGCCGAAUUAGAGCCAGAGUCCUCCGUCGAAGGGACCCUCUCCCUCUGUAGAUAAAAACAACUAAUUCUAAAGUAACAAUAAAUAAACAUACAAAUAUUAUCUUUAAUUUCUGCCAAUAGAUCCUCCUAAAUGUUACACACUGGACCUUUAAAAUGUAUAAACUAAUCGGACCUCAUUGGAAGUAGUUCUUUAACACGUGAAGUUUUCAGAUUUUUCUGAUAUGGCUUGAAUGCAGCACAGACACAACCUUGUUAUAUUUUACAAUAAGAAAUAUCUUUCUUGUGUUGUUGCUAAUCUAAAAUGUGUUAAUCUGCUGUGCUCAUUGUCCUCUCUGUCAAGGCUGGAUGCAACAAUAAAAUAAAUAAAUAAAAUAAGA